UUCAAGAAUCAGAUUCCCAUACGCUCCUGAUUUCUUUGACUCUAUCCUUGGCAAGUCCCAACUCUGAACUUCCCCUUAGGAAGUAGAGCGGAAAAAAACUAGAACCGCAAAUGGGGAUGUUGGCAGGCGUAGGGAUAUUGGUGCCAUUCCCAUUUUACUACUUGUUAUGGACGUAUCCUCGGUCAUGGGUGAACCUUUGUGGGAAAGGAAGGGACCCAUCGAAGGUGAUGGCCCUUUUCUCCCAUUUCUUCAAGCUGGUGCAGUUCAUUUCUCUCUUUUCAGUUUGUUCCCUCUCUUGGCCUCCCCCUCUUUACUUUUGGCCCCUCUUUGCCUUUGGUCAGCUCCUCAACUUCAGGGUGUAUAAGUUGCUUGGUGAAUCUGGCACUUAUUAUGGUGUACGCUUUGGAAAGAAUAUUCCCUGGGUAACAGAAUUCCCAUUUGGGUUCAUUAGAGAUCCACAGUAUGUUGGCAGCAUUAUGAGUCUUGUUGCAUGUCUAUCUUGGGUACCCUUCCAAUAUAUUCUCCUCUGGUCACUGGGCUAUCUAUUUAUGAUGCACGUUGAAUCAACAGAAAAUCUGGCAACACGUGCAAAGCCUCUCUCCUGAUAGCUGGAGGUUGCACAUGACCAGUUAGUGAUUUUUUAAGAACUUGCCAUGGUAAUAAUUGGCUAAAGAUACUCUUUCUUUUUUGCCUUUUUGUUAUUGUAUUAGGUCUACAAUUUCAGCACCUUCUGCACCAUAUAAAUUUGUUGCAUUAUAAAGCUCCUCCUGUUGAAGGGCAGUUUCAAUUAAAUGCCAUGGAUGGUGGAAAAGUUGUUUGAUUUCUA